CUAAAUUAACACUAUUGAACCAGAAAGCCGAGAACCACAUCCAAACCCCUUCUUCAGAUUCCGAUUUGUCGAGCAAAGAUCAAAUCUUUUACUGAUACUCAUGGCAGAGGAAGCUAGGGUAGGAUGCUUUACACCUUACAUUCACUCCCAAACCCUAAAUUCCCACGAUCGAGCCGUCUCCUCCGUGAAAUUCUCCUCCGACGGUCGCCUCUUAGCCUCCGCAUCUGCCGAUAAAACAAUCCGCACUUACGCAAUCGACACUGCUCAAGAAGAUUCCAUCUGCAGCCCCGUUCGCGAGUUUUCCGGCCACGACAACGGCGUCUCGGACAUCGCCUUCUCUUCCGACGCGAGGUUCAUCGUCUCAGCUUCCGAUGACAAAACCCUUAAGCUGUGGGACGUUGAAACUGGUUCUCUCAUCAAAACGCUUAGGGGACACUCUAACUACGUCUUCUGUGUGAACUUCAAUCCUCAAUCCAACAUGAUCGUAUCUGGUUCUUUUGAUGAGACUGUUCGGAUCUGGGAUGUGAAAUCUGGCAAAUGCUUGAAAGUUCUUCCUGCGCAUUCUGAUCCUGUGACUUGUGUUGAUUUCAAUCGUGAUGGGUCUCUAGUUGUGUCCAGUAGCUACGAUGGGUUGUGUCGGGUUUGGGAUUCUGGAACUGGGCAUUGUGUGAAGACCUUAAUCGACGAUGAGAAUCCUCCUGUUUCCUUCGUUAAGUUCUCUCCCAACGGCAAAUACAUCCUCAUUGGCACACUCGACAAUAGGCUGAGGUUGUGGAACAUUUCUACAGCUAAGUUCGUCAAGACAUACACCGGACACACAAACUCAGAAUACUGCAUUUCAUCUGCAUUCUCUGUCACAAGUGGAAAGCGGAUCAUUAGCGGAUCCGAGGACAACUGUGUUUACAUGUGGGAGUUGAAUUCCAAGCAAAUGCUUCAGAAACUAGAAGGCCACACCGAAACAGUCACAACGGUGGCAUCCCACCCAACCGAGAACUUGAUUGCAUCAGGCUCACUCGACAAAUCAAUAAGGAUUUGGACACAUAAGAAAGAAUGAAGAACAACAACAAAAACCUCUCUUUUAAACCCAUCUUUAUAGAGAGAUGUAGGUACAUCCAUCAGUGAUCCAAUGCAGUAUCAUCCUGUUCUUGCUAGUGUAGUUCUGUUCUUAUUGAUUUUUUCUUUCAUCAGUUGUCUAGUGAUGUAGAAUCUAGAAAGUGCUAUACAGUUGUAAAAGAGACACAAACUCGAUCUGACACCAUUCGAGGGGUUGAAGCAAAUCCUGCAAAUGGAAAAUGACUUGCGAGAGUUAAUACAGGAAAUGUCCAUAACA